AUGCGCUCAAGCUCAGUGGUAGAGCGUUCGAUUGCAGCUCGAAUGGUCGCUGGUUCAAUCCCGGUCUCGCGCUUGUUGUUGCUCUCAUCAUUGCCCGCUUGGUCGGAUGUUCUGCGAUUGUUGGGCUUCGAACGUCAAGAAGUGGUUGCAUUGCAUGACCCUCUCACCCUUGCUUUGCUUGUGGCUGUUGUCCACCGGUGGCCCAGUCGAUUCAGCAAUGCGCUCAAGUUCGUGUCGACUGUGUUUGUGAAGCGCGAUGGUCGAUUCAGCAAUGCGCUCAAGUUCGUGUCGACUGUGUUUGUGAAGCGCGAUGGUCGAUUCAGCAAUGCGCUCAAGCUCAGUGGUAGAGCGUUCGAUUGCAGCUCGAAUGGUCGCUGGUUCAAUCCCGGUCUCGCGCUUGUUGUUGCUCUCAUCAUUGCCCGCUUGUCGAUUCAGCAAUGCGCUCAAGCUCAGUGGUAG